AUACGAGUGGAUGUAACGUAAAUAUCAUAAGACAAUGAUAUGCUGAAAUAAUCGAGUUCGAGAGAAUACGCGCAGUAAAGAUACCUAGUGAUUACGGUAAAUAAUACAAGGUGUGUACAGCAAUUAUUUCCGCACUUCAAAGUUCGUAGAGAAUAGGGCACGUCAAUUAUAAGCAGGCGAAUUACAUUAACUGCCAAUCAAACUUGAUAGCCGUUGACGUUUUCGAGUGUCUUGCGGCUACAACAGCUCCAAAGUUCUUUAGGAAGUUAAUCACUCUAACGAUAAGACACGGAAAUGGAAGUUGAACUACACUAAUCAUUCUAUAAUGACAGCCACGGUUUCCCUUGUUUCGUGAAUCGUGUAACACAAGGUGUCUAAAAAUUAAAGUGGAAAAUGCAAUCGCUACAUUGCACCACGGUGUUGGAUUCAGGAAUCGGACGACGCUAUGACGCAUGACGUGACUACGAAUCUUCGAAGCGAACUUGCUGCCCUUGAGUACAAACGGGAUCGGCUUAUGUCAGAAUUGCACGAGAUGAAGAGCGUUGCGAGAUCCCGCGACCAGAGGGUGGUGGAAUUACAGGUGGAAACCGACCAAUUGAGGGAGCAGGCAGCGAGGCAGAGUGCAGUAAUUUCGAGCCUAAAAAAACGGAUACAAGAACUCGAAGAACGGGAAAGAACUCUCUAUGCAAGUCAGGGAAGAAACGAAAUAACUAUCCAAAGUUUACAACGAGAUUCCAAGUAUCACGAGGAUAAGGCUCGGGAGUAUGAGAAAAAGAUACGACAACUCGAACAUAACAUUACCGAAGAAGUUCAACUUAAGGAGAGAGCACGGUUAAACUUACAGGACUUUGUCCGGCGGCUCGCCCAUUCCCUGGGCGUCGAAUACUGCGACGGUAGCCAUCAUGGUUCCGACGUUGUGGUACACAAGGCAGAGGAAUUGGUACAAGAAGUGAAUCGCCUCAGGACGAAAAGCACCAGUGCUGAAUCCCAUCUGAACAAUAUUGAGCUUGAACUCCGCAGUUGUAGGGAUGCUUUGGAUCGAGCAAACAUCGAGAAGGAUCAAAUCCAGAGACAGGCUGCUACCCAACUACUAGAUUUGGAGCGUCUUCGACAGGAAAAAGAAUGCGUGGAAAUGCAGUUUAGAGUCGCUGAGAGAGAUCUCAACGAUCUUCGGGACAAGCUCGUGAAUGCAAAUAGAAAUAUCAACAGUGCUACUGGAAACAUUUCGAAUCAGGAAGCCGUGAUUUGUCAACUACGAGAGGAAUUGAAAGGCCGCGAGGACAAGGCACAAAGGGUGCAAAACGAGCUCAGACAUCUUCUCGAAACGUUGGCCAUCCUAGUCAGCAACCCCAACCGAUUCGUCGAGUCUCACGAAAACUCGAUCAAGGACAGAAUUCGCGAAAUUUUAACCGAAAAUAAGGACUACCAAUUAAAAAUUCAAGCCUUAAGAGACAAAUUAAGCGUCGCGCACGAAACUACUAAUCGUCAGACUGAAAUGACGGACUCUAGCAUGCUGCAGAUCCGUUCCCUUGAGGAAGAACGUGUCGCCUUGGCAAAUAAGAUCCAUAAACUGGAGUCGGAGCUUACGAGUUGCGAGCUUUCCAGGGAAUCUCUUCGCCGAGAUAAACAGACGUUCAUGGCGUUCCUCGAUCGUCUCGGUAAAGCGUUACAGAUGGACGAAAUAUCGCAGGAAAUCGGUAUCGAUCUCCAGACCGAGUCUCUUCUCGUACGCGCUGAACAACUUGCGAAAUUAGAGUGCGACAAGAUGGUGGACAAGCUAUUGUGCUGCGGGUACACAACUUUUCCAAGGAUUCGUCGGGAGCGCUCCUUCCACGAACUGACUUGUCUGAAAGAAACCUCGGUGGUUUACCAGCUGCAACGGCGUAUUAGAACUCUCAGAGAACAGCUACAGCGGAGAGAUUUGCACUUAGAUCUUCUGAGAAGAAAAUUAUCCCUUCAAGAAGACAGCGUUCGAAUGAAGAAUAUGCUGCAAUCUGAGAAAGACGAGGCUAACCUGCGAGUGAAGAAGCUAAUGAAGCAAAUCGAUAGACUUCAAAUUCAGCUGACGGAGGAAAAGUCAAGGAACAGGGAGAUCAGCACGCAGCUGACUGAGGCUGCUGAUUACAAGAUAGCCGCUCUGGAGCGAAGCAGAAAAAUUGACGAGCUGCAAAAACGACUAGUGGAAAGCGAAAUGCUUCGAACGAGAUACAAUAGAAAACUAACGAUGCUGAAAGAGCAGUUGCGAACUACAUCGGAAACCGCCGAUCAAGAAAGAUCGAUAAAUGAUCAUUCGUUGCAGCUUCUCAGAGACGAACUGAGUCAGGUCAAGCAAAAUUUGGCGGAUGUUACGCGAAGGGAAUCGCAGCUACAAAGCUUCAGAGUGUCCGUGGCAAAACAACUCUCGGAGCCUAUCUGUACACCAGAUUAUGAAAUAAUUUCACGUCUCCAGAAAAUGGUUGCUGCGCACAGAGACUUUACCAUGUUAUCGAGGAGAUACGAUGAACCUCUGGAAACCAGCCCUUCCAGAUGCACCAGCAUACAUCCCGUGCAUCCCGGUCAUCCACCAAUUUCUCCGGGAUCCCGAUGCACCAGGUAUGACGACAGUGGUUACACGGAUCCACCCGAUCUCCACGACAUAGAUGACGAUUACAACAAAAGGCCGAUUCGGAGCAGCUUGCUCCCGUGACCCCGGUCCAAAUUUUAAGUUUUCGGGAAGCGAUUCCCUCAUGUUUGAUUUUUUACAAUUUUCGACACUCUGUACCGCGAGUAUAAGAUAAAAAUAAGAUUCGUCGAUAACAUUUAGCGGGAAACAAUGAAAAAUAUCACGUUCAUGGUACAAAUAAGCAACCUGAUUCUAAAGAGUUUUUUUCGGUAACAAUAUAUUCAGCGGUGAACAACAAUUUCGAGUGAUAUUUGCUCCGUGUAACAGAAGUCUGUUCGUCAUGAGAAGUUUGUAUUACAAUGCAUCACCUACGUAACAGCUCCCCUCGUGACUUCUUUUUUUUCUUUCACAUUGUUUCCCUUCGUAAAUUGAAUGAAUUGAAUAGGUAUUAGAAAAAAUCAGUAGAAAUGCAUAAAAAUUUCUUUCGAUCAAUUUCCCAGCGAGAGCGAGUACAUCUUGAUUCUGCUUAAAAAAAUCUUUUGAUAGUUCUCUCUGAUUAGUUUACGCACAAGAGGCCGUAUCGAUGAUAUUCUGACGCGAUUUUAAAUCGGAAAUGUGGUAGUAGCAACACGUCAUUUCACUGAAAAGCUUCUUACUCUACGAAGAUGACACGUUGUCCUUCUAUAAAUGUAAGAGGCAUAUAAAACAUAGUCUCGAAGUUGGAUGUGAUGUUUCCACUUUCGUGGGAAUUCAUCACAGAGUUUGAUUGAUUUUUCAAUGAAUUCGUUCGAUGAACGGGGUUAUUGUAAUCAAAUUUGGAACGUGGAAAAUUUGCACCUAUAAUUAUCAAAAUAUUACUUCAAGGCACUCUGGAAGAAAAGAUUCUUCAAUCGAUGCCUGCCUGUUUUUUCGUUAUUUGGAGAAAGUGUGAAUUUGGAGAAAAUGAAUGGGUACAGCACGUGCUCGAGCUCGAUGAUGAAAGAAAUGGGGAUAAGCUCUUGAUAACUGACAAUUGUUCAGCAUCAAUGAGAGGAAUCAAAAAAAAAAAAACAGAGGAAUCGAGGCUUCCAGCAUAUUUUCCGCGUAAAGUGUUCGUUUAUACGGAAAGUAAACGAGCAUUCUUUACGGAAAAACACAAACAAUAUUCAAGCGUUCAAAGAUAUAAAGACAUUGUAAAUAUACACACAUUAUAUGCACCUAUGACGAACACCGAUGUGAAUUUAUAAUAUGAAUAUGUGUGCGACUCGUAAGUUCUCACGAAUAAUUAUGAUGACGUGAUGCCGCGUCUCGUCUUUGCUCGGGCAGAUCUGGUUGUAUAAUUAAGGUUGAACGUAAGUUGUAUCAUAAUUACAAUACAUUUAUAAUGUUUCACGCAAAAAUUUAUCAACGCCAUUGUCACACGCGUGUACAUAAAUGUGCAUAUCGUUACGCAUCUACUAUAUGUAUACGCUCGCUAUAUGUAUGUAACCUGAGGUGAUCCAAAAGAAAAACAUUUUUUUACUCUCGAAACCAUGCUCAAUUUUUUAUUCAGAUGCCCAAACAGGACUCUUAAAGUACGAGCUUUUGAUAUCAAUAUUAAGAUGGUCCGCAUCGCCCUUUCCGAUUUUCCAUAAGAAUAACAGAGGAAAUAUUAAGUUUUUUUCCUUUUGAUUUUUAUAACUAACGAACGAUAGGUUGUUCUGUAAAGUUCUUAGAAUAUUUUCGUAGAGAAUUGAACGCUCUACAAAAAAGAUCGGAAGUGAUUUUUCGACAAGUCAACUGGGUCAAAGGUUAUUCAAGGUCAAAGUCAAAUUUACCAUCCAUCCAGCCGUUUUCUCUAAAAAAAAUCCUAGAUUUUCUAGUUCACAGGGCCCAAAACGAACGGUCCGUUAAUUAUAUAAAUCAGGAGGAACGAAACAAUUUUCCCUGUGUUAUUCUUAUGAGAAAUCGAAAAGGGCGACGUGGACAAUCUUAAUAUUAAUAUUAAGGGCUCACACUUUACGAGUUCUAUGUCCGGCAUGUAAACGAAACUUUUGAACAUGAUUCAUAAUGGUUCCGAGAAAAAAAGAUUUUUUUUCUUUAAUCACCCUAAUGCAAACCCAGAAAUAAGCUAGUGUUUUUCACAAUUAAUGGCAUAAUGUAGAUGUAAAACACCUAUAGAAAAAUCAUGUUCAUACUUUUGCACUGCUACAGUUUUAUUGUUAUACUGUUUCAACGAUGUAAGGCUGCGUAAAGCAAUGUAAAGUAUAUGGGACAUUCCAUGUGAAACGAUCACUUCUAAACCCGACCCCUUUUGAUUCAGCUGGAACUUUUUUUAUUUUUUUUUCACUCUACUAAAAAAAAAGGUUUUUAGGGUUCUCCUCAAUCUUCCGCUCUUUCUAUCAUGAAAACUGAUCAUUAAACCUCAUGAAAUCAAUUUAAUUGUAAGUAAAUUAUUUACAUAACAAAAACAAAGUUUUUGACAAGAGAAGUUUUUUUAUCGGAAAAAAAUAAAAGGAGAAAUGCGCCCACUACGCGUUACCCGAAAUGAAUUGAAGUUUUUUUUAGAAGAAAGCAAUUGACAAAAAAAUUAAAAAUCAUCAAAUUUUCAGGAAAAUCGAAAAGAGUCGGGUUCAAAAGUGGUUGAUUUCAAAUGGAAUUACCCAUAUGUAUAGCUAUGAUAAGAAAUCGGAAUCGGAAGCAACGGACUGUCGCUUGAUUUAUGGCCAUAAAUGAAAUAUCUAUCAAGGCAUGGCGAGGUGUACGUACAUGUACGAAAUAGUAUCUAUAUUCUUUCAGAUAUAAAGGUCGCGAUAGAAAUUUUUUCGUAUGCAGGUUAACACUUAUGUAUAAUACAUGUACUACAUACAUAUAGAAUGCUGCCACGCAUAGGAACCUCGUACGGAAAAUUGUAGGAUUGCACGUGUAUUCAUAAAUUAAAUAACACUGACCCUUUUUUUGGAGCCCUAUUAUAUGUUUCUAGGUAUAUUCUUCCGUUAUUAUUAUCGUAUGAUAACAAUAUAACACGUAUUGUUAUAAUAUGAUAAACUGCAACCGUAGCUCUUGACAAAUGAAUAAGAAUUACCCACUCCUCUUUUGGAUUCCAAAUAGACGAUGAAGAAAAAGAAAUUCGCACCGUACUUCACCCCGAAACUAUCGCAUACUUUCUGUACUCAACAAUGAAUUUCGUGGGGAACGAACUACUAUUACUU